GCGGGGAGUGACUGAAGCCUCUGCUGGUUGUUACAGUGCAGAUGAUAGAAGGAAGUGCUCACAAGCUGUAAAUAGGCCGCGAUGAACUAAGAGCACUGCUAACGGAGAGUAAGGAUCUGCACUCCCACCUGUUGUAGCAGCCUUGUUCCGAGUCUAUGAAGAGCAGGAUUCCUAUUGAUUGAAUCAUGUCAGACAACAUACUGGAAGAAAUCUUCAUUAAACGAUCUCAACAGAAGAAGAAGACCUCCCCGUUGAACUACAAGGAGAGAAUUUUUGUUCUCACCCAGGAAAAAAUAGCCUACUAUGAUUAUGAUCCUGACAAAGGGAAAAGAAAAGGACUGAAGGGAACAGUUGACCUAGAGAAGAUCAAGUGUGUGGAGACGGUCCAGCCAGAGCCCACUGGCCCACCAGAGCGCGCAUAUCCAUUCCAGAUAAUUUAUGAUGAAGGGCCUCUGUACAUCUUUGCAAAGAAUGAAGAUGUCCGGGCUGAAUGGAUAAAGAAGUUGAAAGAAAUGGUGCGGUUCAACAAGGAUUUGAUGCAGAAGUACCACCCGUGCUUCUGGGUGGAUGGGACAUGGCUGUGUUGCCAGCAGGAAGUUAAACAAGCUAUGGGUUGCAAGGUUCUGGAUGGUAAGAACGGCUUUACAUCCAAACCAUCUCGGCGAAGAGGCUCCAGAAAACCUCUUCCUCCGACACCACAAGAGGAGAAGUCCGCCAGGCCACUACCUCCACAGCCUCCUGAGCAGCCCUCACGCUUUGUGGGAAUGACCGUCAUAGCUGAGUAUGAAUACACACCCAUGACACCCCAGGAUCUGGAGCUGAGGAAGGACGAGGAGUACACCAUCCUUGAGAUGACCGACCAGAACUGGUGGAAGGCCCGAGACAAAUACGGAAAAGAAGGAUAUAUACCAAGUAAUUACGUUGUGGAGGCAGGCAACGGGUUAGAAAGAUUUGACUGGUACUGCAAGAACAUGAACCGCAGCCAAGCAGAAAACUUGCUGAAGACUGAGAACAAGGACGGAGGGUUCUUGGUACGGGAUUCAAGCAAGGCUGGGAAAUACACUGUCUCUCUGUUCAGCAAGGGCGGGGACGUUGCAGGAGUCUGCAGACAUUACAACAUCUGCACGACUCCACAAGGCCAGUUUUACCUGGCAGAGAAGCAUCACUUCAGCAGCAUCCCUGAUCUCAUCAACUACCACCAGCACAAUGCAGCAGGUAUGGUCAGCAGGCUGAAAUAUAUUGUGUCAAAUCGGGCACAGCCUCCAUCGACAGCAGGGCUGGGCUAUGGUGUUUGGGAGAUCGACCCUCGCCACCUCACCUUCAUAAAAGAGCUGGGCAACGGUCAGUUUGGAGUGGUGAAGUACGGAAAGUGGCAGGGCCAGCAUGACGUGGCCAUCAAGAUGAUUAAAGAGGGCUGCAUGUCUGAAGAUGAUUUCAUAGAGGAAGCCAAAAUCAUGAUGAAGCUCCGCCAUGAGAACCUGGUGCAGCUAUACGGUGUCUGCACCAAGCAAAGGCCUAUUUAUAUUGUGACAGAGUUCCUCUCCAAUGGCUGUCUGCUGACCUACCUCAGGGAGGGUCUCAAGCAGCACCCGACCUCUGUCCAGCUCCUAGAAAUGUGCAAGGAUGUCUCUGAGGGCAUGGCCUAUCUGGAGUCGAAGCAGUACAUCCACAGAGAUCUGGCUGCUAGAAACUGCUUAGUAGAUGGCCAUGGCACCGUCAAAGUGACUGAUUUUGGACUAUCUAGGUAUGUUUUGGAUGACGAGUACACAAGCUCAGCAGGCACCAAAUUCCCAGUUCGCUGGUCGCCUCCAGAAGUGCUCCUCUACUGCAAAUUCAGCAGCAAGUCAGACAUUUGGGCAUAUGGGGUUUUAAUGUGGGAGGUGUACACACUGGGGAGGCUUCCGUAUGAACGGUUAAACAACACGGAGAUAGUGGAGCAGGUGUCCCGGGGCCUGCGCCUCUACCGCCCCCAGCUGGCCAAUGACAAGGUCUACACCAUUAUGACAAGCUGCUGGGGUGAGAAGGCAGAUGAGAGACCCACCUUCCAGGAAUUGGCAUUUGCCGUUCAGGAUUUGCUGUAUGAGCUCCAAUAAGUCUUAAAACACGCAAACAGCUGACUCUCAUUCUCACAAAGCACCACCUCUGUUGGCCUUUGUCCAUGCAAACGUUCGUACAAUCAUUAAAGCAGUUCCAGGAAGCUCGCUCUGCAGGCUAAAUGCAGGACUACACAUCCAUACUGAGAUCCUCUGUAAUGUGAAUACAUUUUCAUAUUGUUCUGUAUGUGUAAUGUGAAUGUUUGUUACUUCUAACAUACAGCAGGUUAUGUUUUACUCAUUGAUUAGCAUGAGCCUGCAUCUUAUUAGGGGUACAUCUAUCAGCCUAUGGACCAGCGUUUGAAAAUAAGUGCAUUUUAUUGAAAAUGAUUUAAUUAAAAGUUUAUUGUAUCUGUA